CGGACAUGACCAGCUUUCGCGGUUUUGUGCGAUUGUUGGACUAGCGAAGCCCAUGCACCACAAAACCUUCCAGGCAAUCAGCAAGAAGGUUCACGAUGCUGCUAUGAGGGCCGUGACCGAAAAUUUGAACCAGGCAAGAGCCGUAACAAAGCAGGUGGUUGGUAGUAGUGACGUGGCCGUAAUGUAUGAUGGAACUUGGCAGAAACGGGGCCAUAAAAACCACAACGGAGUCGGCGCGGCUAUCUCCUUGGACACCGGCCUGUGCUUAGAUUUCGAAGUGCUGUCGAAUUACUGCCACGCUUGCAGUCUACACAACGACAUGGGCUCUGAAGAGGAAAUCUGGCAGGCCUACCACAGACCUCUCUGUGAGAAGAACACCGACAGCUCCGCUCGUGGCAUGGAAGCUGAAGCAGCACUACGGAUAUGGGAGCGCACUUUGCUGUAUGAGACUCCACUUCGCUUCGCAACAUUUCUUAGUGAUGGCGACAGCAAAGCAUAUAACAGAGUUUGUGAUGCCAAGGUGUACGGUGCAGGUGCCAUCUGCAAGGAGGACUGCACUAAUCAUGUUGCGAAGCGCCUAGGCACUGGCAUACGCAAAUUGCCGACACCACUGCCCAGAGGUGAGAAGCUCAAGCCUGCCACCAUUGAAAAGCUGCAGACAUAUUAUCAGAUCGCCAUCACGGGCAAUAGAGGCAACCUACGGGACAUGUACACUGUCAUAUGGGCGUCCUACUUUCACUCUUGCUCCACUGAUGGUGCUGGCAGCCACAACUUCUGCCCACCAGGCCAAGAAUCGUGGUGCAAGCACAAGCGUGCUGAAGCAAUGGGCGAGCCUGCACCACAGCAUACACCACUUCUGACAAAGGCACAGGGCCGGGCACUGCUGCCCAUAUACAAGCGCCUUUCUGACGAGAAGCUGCUGGCCCGAUGCCUUCGAGGGAAAACUCGGAACGCUGCUAAGUCUCUCAACAGCAAGGUGUGGCUGCUGUGCCCUAAAACAAAGUUUGCUUCCCGAAGUGCUGUGGAGACUGCCACAGCCAUUGCUGUGCUCUGGUAUAACCGGGGCCAUGCAAGCUUCGAGGUGGUCCUGGAGGAGCUUGGUGUUCUACCACCAGCAAGCUUGACCACCCUGGGGGACUACAGCGACAAGAGGCGCAUUCAGAAGAUGAAUGCCCAACAGACUGCUGAGGCGAGGGCUCACCGCCGCAAAUCGGCCAAGAGAGCUCGCCUACAGGACUCCGCUCGGAAGGACCGCGAAGGAGUUACAUACAGUGCGGGUGAAUUCUAGUCACCGUGGCCAGCUCCUGGACAUACUGCCUGUGCAUUAGACACACUUUUGAGUGUUUGCAAGUGCGCCCUAAUUAGUAAACAUGUUCCAAACUUUCAAACGUGUUUUUCUCAUUUUGAAAUUUUUGGCCACGGUCACAUUUCACUCACAUAGUUUCAUCCCCUUAAAAUUGUCCUAUUGCGAUGAAACUUGGCACACACAUUCUUCAAGGUGUGUAGAGUGCCGUUAUCUAUUCUGAUUUAUGAUGCAUAGUCAUUAUCAAUAAAAACAUACCAAGAAAUGAUACAAGGAACCCUGAAAGCUUUUUUUUCUCGUAAUUUUAACCUCUUAAAUGCACACAGUAGUUCAUGACAAGCAUAAUAAGCUA